GCGACAGAUGCCAUCCGCUCAAGACCUAGAAAAUACUGCCCUGCUCAAUGUGGAUUUAGAUGUGUACAGUCUUGCUGGAUGUGGGAUGAGCCGAAGCAAAUGAUCAUCAAGUACUGUCUGAGUCUAUUAAGAAGAAAUGCAGGGAAGAGUUGACUGUAGAUCAUGCUCACAGAUUUUUCCUCUUCGCCUUGGUAGCAUCUUUAACACAUCCAGGUUUGAGUUGUCACAUGGCAGUGUUGAUCAUUUGGAGGAUGGACACAGUGAAGCUCGAGGCAGCUGUAUUACCAUGGCAAUGGCCUACAUUCAUUCAUUCUUAACAAGGGCCGAACACUGUGACCAUCAACAGGCGGGACAGAACACAGUGAGAAUCGAGCGGCGUGCAGAGAUGGAGCGAAACGUUGGGUCACUCCAGGAGCAGGCUCUGAAGAGAAAAGAGAGGCUAAAAGCGCUACGAGAUAAACAGAUCCACGGACGAGAGCAGGAGGAUGGUGAGCCAGAGAACAAAAAGGCAACGCUAGAGGAGACCAGUGAAGCGAAACACAGAGAGCUGAAACUGAGGAAUUACACACCAGAGGAUGAAGAGCUGAAGGAGAGGCAGGUGCCCAAAGCCAAACCUGCAUCAGUGGAAGAUAAAGUGAAAGAUCAGUUAGAGGCUGCUAAUCCAGAGCCCAUCAUUGAAGAAGUGGAUUUGGCCAACCUCGCCCCAAGAAAACCAGACUGGGAUCUGAAGCGCGAUGUGGCAAAGAAGCUGGAGAAGCUGGAGAGGAGAACGCAGAGAGCCAUCGCCGAGCUCAUCCGGGAUCGCCUGCGAGGCAGUGAGGAGGAGUUGGCUGGUGCGGUGGGAGCAGUGGGAGCGGACGAAGGAGACUCGGACUGAAUCCAAGAUGUGACAGGAAGAAAAAAAAAAAUGUGAAUUGACAUCGGUUUACUGGACUUUUCUGUAACGUCUGUGCUGUGCACACAGAGGCGACCGGGUUCAUCGUACGGGGAGUAAUGUUUCCUGUCAUAAAUUGUACGAGUAGUACAUUUUGUAUAUGUGGUUUAUUGAGGUGCAUUGUUAAUGGCACCAGAUAUGUUGUUGUAUUUUUUAUAUGAUCAAGUAAAAUAAUGUAACUUUA